UUGAACUGUGCAGACUUAGAGCUAGAUUUAGAACUUGCUAUAGCCUAUCAUUUGCUCCUCGAAUCAUACACUGGACCAGUGGUAUUAAUUAGGCGAACACAGGACGAAAUGAUUACCACGGAUGAAACGGGCACCGAUAGCGAACGUCUUGCAAGCAAUCGAGCGAACCAUCUGCUAAAACGACUAAUCCUUACCAGACAUCCAAAACUGUUUGAACAUAGAGGUAGCGUGUCAAUGGUGGAUAUUUGGUUAGGAGCAAGCGCUGUGCAGCGUUCCAUGAUGCUAAAAGACUUUCCACGGCAACUCUCAUUCAUUGAUGUGGAAAAUUUAACGGAGGAGCAAUGUGCCACAUUGAUUUAUUGCUUAUGCGCCAAAUAUAUGAUCGAUUUUCACAGCAAUCACAAUACCCCGCUGGAUCCAAUGCUUUUCAUCAUACCAGUGCCGCUGUGA